UACAGAGGGGGAAAAAUGUUCUUCUGGGUGUUAGCCCUCCUAAUCCUUUGUGGUUUUCUAUGGAAUUAUAAAAGACAACUAAAGAUUGCAGACAUCACAGAUAAGUAUAUUUUCAUAACUGGUUGUGACACUGGCUUUGGAAAUUUGGCAGCCAGAACUUUUGAUAAAAAAGGAUUUCGUGUAAUUGCUGCCUGUCUGACUGAAUCACAGUCAACAGCUUUAAAGGCAGAAACCUCAGAAAGGCUUCACACUGUGCUUCUGGAUGUAACCAACCCUGAGAAUGUCAAGAGGACUGCCCAGUGGGUGAAAAAUCAAGUUGGGGAAAAAGGUCUCUGGGGUCUGAUCAACAAUGCCGGUGUUCUCGGCGUGCUGGCUCCCACCGACUGGCUGACAGUGGAGGACUACAGAGAACCUGUUGAAGUGAACUUGUUUGGCCUCAUCAAUGUGACUCUAAAUUUGCUUCCCUUGGUCAAAAAAGCUCAAGGAAGGAUUAUCAAUAUCUCCAGCAUUGGAGGUCGGCUGGCGUUCAGUGGAGGGGGUUAUAAUCCAUCCAAAUACGCAGUAGAAGGCUUCAAUGACAGCUUAAGACGGGACAUGAAAGCUUUUGGUGUACACGUUUCAUGUAUUGAACCAGGAUUAUUCAAAACAGGAUUAUCAGAUCCAAUAAAAGCCACUGAAAAAAAACUCGCCAUUUGGAAGCAUCUGUCUCCAGAUAUCAAACAACAGUAUGGAGAAGGUUACAUUCAAAAAAGUCUAGACAAGCUGAAAGGCACAACUUCCUUUGUGAACAUGGACCUCUCCCUGGUGGUGGAGUGCAUGGACCACGCGCUCACAAGUCUCUUCCCAAAGACCCAUUAUGUUGCUGGGAGAGAUGCCAAGACCUUCUGGAUACCUCUGUCUCACAUGCCAGCAGUUUUGCAAGACUUCUUAUUGUUGAAACAGAAAGUAGAGCUGGCUAAUCCCAAGGCGGUGUGA